CCCCUCCUAGUCCUCGCUGCAGACCAAUAGGAUGCUGUGCUCUUCAGUCACAGUAGGGAAGCUGAAGGUGCUGAAGAACUGGAGAGACAGAGCACACAGCUGCACUAAGAAACAAGAGGUGGAGAGAGAGUGAGAAUGAGAGAGCAAGAGAGAGGGAAAAAGAGAGAGAGAAAGAGCGAUUUGUGCUUGGAGCUCCAUCCAGUGAGAUCUUCCCGCCUUAUCUGCAGGUCCAGUAGCCUGGAUGACUGAUGUCCAUUACUUCUCCACCAGCUGAUCAUCCAGUCUUAGACCUUGUGGCCUCUGUCCUGGGCAAGAUGAGCAGAGCCCCCCUGUUGGACUACGAGCUCCAGUCUGUGGGUCCGGCUGCAGGCUCCGGGGCCAUGGCUGGGCUUCCCCUGGCCCCUGACACGGAGCAGAGCACGGCCCUGUGCUUCGUGGGCCUUCUGCUGCUGAUCCUGGUGGUCCUGCUGGUGCGCUGCUUCAGGAUCCUGCUGGACCCUUACAGCAGCAUGCCCGCCUCCACCUGGAGGGACCACAAGGACCGAUUGGAACGAGGGCAGUUUGAAAGUGCUGUGGUGUAACAAACAGCAGCUGCUGAUCUGGGAAAAAACAGUGUUUACCAUCACAGCAGCUGAACAGGGACAGAGGCUUCAUGGAGAUGUGCUUAAAGGAGUCAAAAAUCUUGCUAAUAGCCAAAAAUCAUGGCAUCAUGCUAACUCCUGACUGCUGGUCUGUAUACACAAUUAGCUACAGUAGCUAAAAGCAGGACAUAAAUCACAUCCUGCUCACUUGUGGGUAUUAGCAUGGACUUUAGCCAUGGUAGCCGUGAUAUUACAGAAGUGUCAUUCUUCACAAUACCUGGUUGUAGCCUAUUCACAGGAAGCUGCAGAUGAAAUUAUGUAUUUCUAGCAAACUGGUGGAUACCAGGGUUGUACAAAAUUCAGAAUUAAAUUGAGAAUGAACCCUAAAUUCCAAUUAAAUCUUUGAAUUUGAAUUUUAAUUGAGAUUGCAAACAGGAAGCAGAAUUUCAAAUUAAAUUUGAAUUGCAGGAAGUAGAACUAGAAUUCCAUGAAAUUCAAAGAAAUUUAUAAUACUUUUUUUUUUUACAUAAGCUUUACAACAUAUAUUGCAUAGGAUUACAACAUUAAUGCUAUACUGAUAUUAUUAUAUGAAUCACAAAUUAUCAUUUAAAACUCUAUUAAACAGAUCAUUCAAGUUGUAAUAACUUCAAAAUUGUGAAAUAGUAUAGGACAGCACUAAUGUUUUUAGAAUACAUUUCUUUUUCUGUGUCUUUGAAAUGGUUGUCCAAACAUUUAGCCAAUUUUUGUCGUACACUCCAAAGAAAGAAGCUAAUUAAGGGCUUUGUACUUUUGAUUUUUGUAAUUAAAGCAACAUGCAAAAUGAUAACACAUAAAAGGACAUCUGUACACAGUCAUUAAGGGAAUGUAUGCUUAAUGUUAAUGUCCAAAUUUCCAUUUGGAAGAAAAAUGUAUGUUAAAUGUAUCAUAUUCUCACUCAUAUAUAAUUUAUUUAUUUUUUUCUGAAUUGCAGUGAAUUCAGUUUCACUUCCUGUAUUUCCAAUUCAAAUUCAAUUCAACGUCCUCCAGGGUGCAUUCAAUUCAAACUCAAAUUCAUUCACUGAAUUGAAUUAAAUUAAAUUAAAUUAAAUUAAAUUCUGAAUUUUGCACAGCCCUGGUGGCUAUUUUGGUGGUUUUAUUCAUAGCUAGCCAUGUUAUGCUGUGUGUGAUUACUGGCUGAAAGGGUAUAAAACUGAAGUUGUUCUAUUUGUUUUUGAAUAUGCAAAAAUAUAUUCAAACUGUAUACAAAUCUAUCAAAGAGGGUAUUAAGACAAGCUGUGUUCCAGAAAGAUAGUGAUCCUAUUUAAGAUAUGAGGGUUUUAUGUUGUCAGGGUUCUCGCCACUUUUUACAUAUUUCUAUUCAUUAUGAAAUCCUUAAACCCUUUAAUAUAUAUUUAUAUGUUGAGAACUUUGCAUGUGUGUUUGCAGUGAUAAUGAAUAUUUCUUGUAAUGAAUGCAGAGUUGACACACUCAUGUCGGUGGUUCUGGAUUUAAAUUCCUUAUACAAAUUUUUCUUCUGUUUUUCUGUUGCUGUAAAGUCUAUGGUUUUACUACUACCCUACUAUAAUCUAUAUGUUUUGUAUUUAUUGUUGUUCAGUGUACUCAUGUGUAUCAUCUCCUGGUCAUGGAUAACCUCAGAUGUUGUGCCUUUACAUGUGUCAGAAAGCUUUAUUUUUGUACAAGUUCUUCUACUGCCCUUUUUAGCUCUUUCCUGUUGUUGGCUUGAGUGAUCAAUGGACUGGUCUCUGUAUCUGAACAUUUGAACAUUUCCUGUUUCAUAAAUGUGUGAUUUGUUGGCUGAUUUUUUCUCUGUGUUCUUUGGUCAGUAAAAUAUUUUCUUAGUCAACCUUGUUCUUUGCUCUGGAUGGCUUUAUUAAAAGCUGCAUCCCUUUAUAAAGAUAGUGAGUUCACCAAUAGUUUCUCACUAUAGGACACUAUAGGCUAAUACACUUCAAAUUAUGAGUUUCUUUGAUUUGACCUAAUUGAAAACCUCUGGAAUAUAAUCAAGAGGAAGAUGGAUGAUCACAAGCCAUCAAACCAAGCUGAACUAGGAGUGGCAUAAAAUGAUCCAAAAGCAGUGUGUAAGACUGGUGGAGGAGAACAUGCCAAGAUGCAUGAAAACUGUGAUUAAAAACCAGGGUUAAUCCACCAAAUAUUGAUUUCUGAAAUCUUAAAACUUUAUGAAUAUGAACUUGUU